AUGUUGGAAGUCUACAGCAAAUCAUUAAAAGACUUUCCACCAAUGCCCACACCAGUAGCUUCUCCUGCAAGACUAAGUGGAAAUCGUUUGUUGUUUGAAGAGCUAUCAUAUGAUCGUGCACUGUUGGCAACUGAAAGUGAUAGGUUGGUUAGGCAACUAACUGAAGAGCAACGUGGGGUUUAUGAUACAAUAAUGGGAGAUGCGUCAUCAAGCAAUGGUGGAUUGUUUUUUGUGUAUGGGUACGGAGGAACAGGGAAGACAUUUUUAUGGAAGACCCUAUCUGCCACAUUGCGAUCUCAAGGUGAAAUUGUUAUCAAUGUAGCUUCAAGUGGAAUUGCUUCGCUUCUUUUGCCAGGUGGUAAGACGGCACACUCAAGGUUUGCUAUACCAAUUAACAUUAAUGAGGACUCCACGUGUAAUAUUAAACCAGGUACCGAUCUUGCUGAGUUGAUUUCAAAGACAAAGUUAAUCAUUUGGAAUGAAGCUCCCAUGAUGCACAAACACUGCUUCGAGGCCUUAGAUAGAACUAUGCGGGACCUGCUUCGCUUCUCUAAUCCAUCGAGUGAGAUGUCUACUUUUGGGGGUAAGACGGUAGUGCUGGGUGGUGAUUUUAGACAGAUUUUACCAGUUAUCCCAAAGGGAUCGAGGCAAGAUAUUGUGUCUUCCACAAUUAAUUCAUCAUACCUAUGGUCAAGUUGUAUUGUCCUAAGGUUGACAAAAAAUCUACGAUUGGAGAAUAUGGAAGAUGCAGUAGAAAAACGACAAGUAGCACAUUUCGCAGACUGGAUUGCUUCUAUUAGUGAUGGUACAGCUGGAGCAACGAACGAAGAUUGUCCAGAGGUUGUGAUUCCAGAUGAUAUGCUUUUGCCAACAAAUGUCGACCCAAUUGCAACUAUUGUUGAAAAUACAUUUCCUAUGUUUCAGAAUGGUUCAUGUGAUAACAGUUUUCUUCAGAGUAGGGCAAUCCUUGCACCAACAUUAGAUGUUGUGAAUGCAGUAAAUGAUUACAUGAGUAACCUGCACGAAGCUGAGAGUCGAACAUACCUAAGUUGUGAUUCGGUUUGCAGGACCGAUAUUGGCAGUUGA